AUGGCGUUUCGAGUCACCAGUGGAACAGAUGGUGACAUAAAAAAACUCAAACUUGAAAACGACGCUUGGAGUUGCAACAUGGGUCGUGGUUUUAAUUUUCGACUCUUGUAUCGAGUCGUUUUCUUUUCCUUCUGUCUGAUUUUCGCCUGUUUUUAUCAUGGUGGUGGUUCAGAGUAUGACAGGCGAGAAAAUAAAGUAAAGAAAUUAAAAGAUGAAUUCAAAGAUAAACCCUUGAAUGUUGACGUUUCUCUCGAACAAGACGAACGCGUCUCUAACUUGAUAGAAAAUGCGAAACAAAUUGAUGGCCGCAAGGCGCGGAAGAAAACUGAUCUUUCAAAGAUAGUUAGAAAAGGUAAUUUUGAAAAUGUGACAAUGUUAGCAUUUCAGAAGGAGUAAUUGUAAACCAUAAUUUAUUUUAUAGGAACUCCGAUGAAAACACUCCGAAGUGAAAGAAUACAAAAGAGCCCAGUACUGCCUUUUUCAACUCCAUCGCCGUCUGAGGUAAACGUUCCACGCAAAGAAUCGACAACCAUCUCCCAUUCAAAUGAGACAGAAUGGAAAAACGAUGGCAGUAAAAAUAUAUCUUUAUUGGGGAAAAAAAUGUUUCACCAGAAUUACUUCAGAGAAACAGCCAAAAGAGAAACGUUCGCUUCAUUCACAACUCAACAUCUCCGAAGCAGACGUGAAAUUGAUGCGAUCUUGGAAAGUCCAACCGAAUGCGCCAAUUUUACCUUUACUAUAAAGUAUGAAGAUAUCUACAGAGUUUGGAACAACUUCUCAAUGAUGUACCAAAGCCGAAUGUACCGUUAUAACGAGUACAGAGUUACGGACGAUGAUCUACAAGUUUGUAAUUCUUCUGACCCUCUUAUUAAACAAAGAUGGCCGGGUCUGGUUGCUCGGGAAAAAAAAGUGUUGGCUUCCAAAUAUUGUAAUGUAUCCGUAGUUGUAUUUUACAACUCCAAUUACACAUUAUACAGAAAUCUUUCUGUUUUCUUCAAACCCACUCAGCAGAGUUUCACAAGGCAAGAUUACGGAGUGACUUUUGGAUAUUUUGCAAUUUGUUCGGCAAAGCUUAGUCUGUCCUACAAUAAUUCUUUGGUUAAAGACGGUAAACCUCAUAUAUGGGAAGAAAAAAACUUAAGAACCACAUCAACCGAGUAUACCCUGGAAGAUCUAUUAAUAUGCAUCCAUUCAAUCAUCAAUAUAAAAUACGAUGAUGAAUACAAAGUUCGGACAGACUUUUCAAUACUCUAUAAGAACAAGAUGUACGAUUAUACCGAGUAUCGAGUUCUGAAUGAUAGCAUAAAGAUUUGUAACUCUACUGAUAACUACGUAAGGAAUAUUUGGAAAGUACGCAAUAAAAGGGUAAAGUUGACAAUGCAUUAUAAAAGUUGCAAUGAACCCAUUAAAGACUUUUUGUCACACCGACAGUAUUAUACUGUGAAUAAGCAGUUCACUGUAUAUUUCGUAACCACGAGUCAAUAUUUCAAAAGAAAUGACUAUGGGGUGCAGUACGGUAAACCAGCAAUAUGCCAAGAAAAGUUCAAACCCACAUCAACAGAGUAUACCCAGGAAGAUCUAUUAAUGUGCAACGACUCAAUCAUCAAUAUAACAUACGAUGAUGAAUACAAAGUUCGGACUGACUUUUCAAUACUCUAUAAGAACAAUGUGUACGAUUAUACUGAGUAUCGAGUUCUAAAUGAUAGCAUAAAGAUUUGUAACUCCACUGAUAACUACGUACGGAAUAUUUGGAAACUACGCAAUAAAUGGGUAAAGGCGAAAAUGCAUCAAAAAGGUUGCAGUAAACCCAAUAGAGAGUCAUUGUUGAAUCAAAAGUAUUACACUGUGAAUAAGCAGUUCACUGUUUAUGACGCACCUUGGAGUCAAUAUUUCACAAGAAAUGAGUAUGGGGUGCACGACGGCAAACUUCAUAUAUGCAAAGAAAAGUUCAAACCCACCUCAACAGAGUAUACCCGGGAAGAUCUAUUAAUGUGCAACGAUUCAAUCAUCAAUAUAAAAUACGAUGAUGAAUACAAAGUUCGGACUAACUUUUCAAUACUCUAUAAGAACAAGGUGUACCAUUAUACUAAGUAUUGA